GCCGGAAGUGCCGGGGCGGGCCACGUGGUUGGAGGCGGGCCCUGUGAGUGGAGGCGGCAUGUCGGCUUCGCUCCUGCGCAAGGGCCUGGAGCUCCUUGGGGAGCCGGCGGGCUCCAGGACCGGGCCCGGGCCCGCCCGAGGCCGCCAAAACCGGAUCCCGGAGAAGCGGUCAUCCAGAAAAAACCAAGCCACGGUCAAGGGCAAAGUCACCAAGUCGGCCCUAGAGGAGUUCCAGAAGCGGCAGAGGCAGGACCACCUGCAAGAGAACCUGAGGUUCAUGAAAAAGAAGCUAGUGGCCGUGGACCCGAAGAUCACCACGAAGAUCCUUCUCCAAAACCAAGGCCGGAAAGCCAAGGACCGACCAGCCACCAAGCUGAAGAAGGAGAAACCCCAGGGCACAGUGUUCACCGAGGAAGACUUCCGCAAGUUCCAGGAAGAAUAUUUUGGGAAUUCUGGGACCAAGUGACAGAAGCAGGAGCCCUGAGUCUGAAUGGAAGACCAUAUGGGACCAGUCUCCUUUUUUGGAACAGGACGGUCCUUGGGCCUGUUCAGAGACAUGGAGGGGCUGGUUCCCUGCCCUCUCCCCACUCCCAGCAUUGGAAGCCUGGCUUCCUCCCCAUCCCACACCCUGCCAACCUGGCUCCUGCCUGAUGGGUUGCUGUUUGAGACUCAGCCACCAGAUGGCGCUGCCGUGGGCCCAGCCUGAGGAUGGGGAAGCCCUGGGGGCUGAAGGCACCCCAGACUCUGCUCUUUUGUUACUAGAAAACCUAGAGCUGGUGAUGCAUUCUCCUUUUUGACUUUCAGUUUUCUGUCACAUGUCAUGAUCCUGGCCCUGCUCACCUUUCAUUGGUUCCCAAAAGGCUAAAUGUGAUCUCCUCAGUUCAAAAAGCACCUAAAAGGUGCUGGGGACAAAACUGAAGCAAAUCUACCCUUGAAAAGCUGACACUUCAUGGGGGGAAACCUCCUAGUCAGAUAAUAGUUAAUUCUGAGUCUCAAAAAAUGGGGCUGCUCUUGCACUUCCUGCCUUGAAGGACUGAUGGGUUAGUAUCAGAGUAGAAAGGGACUGAAGGGACACCCACAAGAUGGAGCAGGGUUGAGUGGAGGGCCAGAAAGGAUAUUUGGGAUGAUUCCCUUUCUCCUCAUCUGAAGGACAGUAAACAUUCUAGAAGGAAUACUCAUUCUUACUGAUCCCAGUGAGGAAAUCCAGUGUUCUUAACUCCAAAGACCAGGACAACCGAGAGGAGUCUUGAAAAUCCUCUCCCAAUAUCCUCACUGGACACAAGGUGGAGGCAGGUCCGAGGUGGGCAGUGACCUGUGUGUGAAAACAACCAGUGGCAGAGAACCAGAACAUCUGGUCCAUCUGCAGUUCUGGAGCCAUCCUAGAAGUGGUCCUUGGGCACAAGUGAGAAAUGGCACCACCCCCCCUUCCCUCCCUCCCCCCCCAAGUGCUUGUAGUCACCAGAGUUAGACUGGUGGGAUUCCCACAUCACAAAGGGGCGCAAGGCCAACCCCUGCCCAAAGCACAGACCUGCAUAGAAGAGCUAGGACAGGGGAUCCAAAGGCAGCAUCCCAUUCCACUCAAGUGACUAUAAUGUCCCCCACUAGGAAAACCUCUAUUUUCUGUUUGCGUACCUGAAGCUGAAGAAGGCAUCCCAGCAACUUCUUCCCACUGCUCCUUUAGCCCCUUCCUCCAAACAGCUAUUGAGAGUAACUCCAUUUCCCCCCACCACUGAGCUCUGUCUUCAGUCUUGUCUGCUCUGUUGGUUGUCUCCAUUUGGAUGUUCCUGCUCAUCCAGAGGCCCUUCUAGCGGGGAUGGCAGGAUGGGGAUUGGCACAUGGGGUGCCAUCAUUUUAGUAAAUACUGAUUUUUUUUUUGUUUUGUUACUAGAAAUGGCUCACUGGGCAGUUGAUGGCCUAACUUCUUUGGGAAAUGAAACUAAUGUUAAAAGAUCAAUACAAAUUUAAAACUAUUUCAAAGUAAAUAAAUGUGCCCAGCACUGAGUGCCAGUUAA